AUGAAGAAGGGCACCCCGUUCAUAUGGGACGAGGCGUGCAAGAAUGCGUUUGAAAGUAUCAAGUCAUACUUGAUGAAGCCGCCUGUGUUGACCGCUCCUAUUCACGGUCGCCCACUGAUCCUUUAUAUCUCUGCCCAAGAAAGCUCUGUGGGUGCCCUGCUCGCUCAAGAAAAUGACAACGGGAAAGAGAAUGCCCUCUACUAUCUCAGUAGAAUGAUGACCCCGAAUGAGUUAAAAUACUCUCCAAUUGAGAAGCUAUGUUUGGCACUCGUGUUCGCCAUUAAAAAGCUUAAGCACUACUUCGAAGCUCAUAUCAUUCAACUUGUGUCGAAAGCGAACCCGGUAAAGUUUGUUAUGGCGAAGGUCGUUCUCUCUGACCGCCUGGCAAGGUGGUAUUUAUUGUUUCAACAGUUUGAAAUCGUCUAUGUGCCACAAAAGUCUGUCAAGGGGCAAGCUUUAGCCGAUUUCUUGGCAGAUCAUCCAAUACUGGCUGAAUGGGAGUUAUCUGAUGACCUACCUGAUGAGGAUGUGCUUAUCAUUGAAGUACUACCCCCAUGGAAGAUGUAUUUUGAUGGAGCUGUGCAUAGAGGAGGAGCAGGAGCUGGAGUUGUGUUCAUCACCCCGGAAGGUGAAGUGUUGCCAUAUUCAUUUACCUUGACAGAGCCAUGUUCAAACAAUGUUGCUGAGUAUCAAGCAUUGAUACUAGGACUAGAGAUAGCAGUUGACAUGAAACAGUUGAGAAUUAACAUCUAUGGAGAUUCAAAGUUGGUCGUCAACCAAGUGAUGGAUCUGUACGAAGUGAGGAAAGCAGAGUUAGUCCCAUACAACAACUACGCAAAGAUACUCAUACAAUGGUUGGGGGACGUCACGAUUGAACAUGUACCAAGGAAAGAGAACAAGCAAGCUGACGCCUUAGCCACAUUGGCUUCAACUAUUGCUCAUCCUACAGCUCGGGUACAAGUAUGUCAAAAGUGGGUAGUUCCACCUAUCUUCAACGAAGAUGGCUCAGUCGAUGAAACUGUUGAACUCCCUACUGCUUCCGUUUACGACAUUGGCCAAGAUGACCUGAGGCAGCCGUUGAUUGACUACUUCACUGAUGGGAAGUUACCAGAAGAUCCUCGCAAGAGGGUGGAUAUAAAGCGCCGAGCCCCUCGUUUCAUCCACUAUAAUGAGACGUUGUAUCGUCGUUCAUUUGAUGGAGUCUGGCUCCGAUAUCUAGGAGAAGAAGAGGCAUUACAAGCCAUGCAAGAAGCUCAUUCUGGGGUUUGUGGUGCACAUCAGUCCGGCCCUAAGUUGCAUUUCCACAUUAAACGAAUGGGUUAUUAUUGGCCUACAAUGGUAAAGGAUUGCAUAGAUUAUGCUCGAAGGUGCCAAGCUUGUCAAGUUCAUGCAAACUUUAUCCAUCAACCACCAGAACCUCUACACCCAACAGUCGCAUCUUGGCCGUUUGAUGCUUGGGGACUUGGUGUGGUUGGCCCAAUUACGCCCAAGUCAUCCGCAAGGCAUACAUACAUAUUGGCCGCCACCGACUACUUUUCAAAGUGGGCAGAAGCCGUGGCAUUAAAAGAAGUAAAGAAGGAAAAUGUGGCAGACUUCCUCCGUGUUCAUAUCAUCUAUCGGUUCGGCAUCCCACGAUAUAUCUUGACUGAUAAUGGGAAACCCGUUGACAAUAAAUUGAUGGACAAGAUCUGCAAGCUGUUCGACUUUCAGCAGCGGAACUCAUCAGCAUAUUACGCAGCUGCGAAUGGACUUGUGGAAGCUUUUAACAAGACCCUAUGCAAUCUAUUGAAAAAAAGUGGUCUCAAAAUCGAAACGUGA